UCCUUGGUCUGUGGGAAACCCUGCUACCUCCUUGGUUUCGUCAGAACAUGCGUUCAGGGGCGGCGCCAAACGGUUGCUUGCCGUUGCUAUAGCAACUCCUGUCAUAUGAAUCACCAGAUUAAGUGCAUAAUCAGUGAGUAGCGUCAACAUUUCAGGGCCGUGACUGGACUAGCACAUGCUUGCUACUAGCAAUGUUGGUGUGUUAAACCGUAUGGAUUAAAGUGGAAUAUUGCAAGACGUCCUGUGAUCAAGACAUCGAUUUAAGGUAGGCCGUUUGUUUAUUAAGUUUGCCCGUCGCAGCAUAUUGACUUGGGGCCCAUGUGAUUUUGUUUUGAAGUAGAACUAGAUUCUAGGUUUGGCUCAUGCCAAAGGAUGGGUUUAUCGUAGCCUGGUAUGAUCCGCCCUUAAAAUAAGUAUUAUGAAGUAUAAUAGUAUCAACAAUAAUAGCAACUAUUGUAUUAAUGUUCCACAUAGGCCUACAUUUGAGACGUAUCGCGCAACUAUGUGAUGUGAUGUGAUGUGUAAUGUGUUGCUUUGGAAUGUACCGUGGCGACGGUAGGUCUGAGGAGCGCAAAAUAAUGCGCCCGAAACAAACAAAACACAAUUAUAUAUAUUUUUUCCCUCCUGGCGCUGGCGCAUAUUUUUGCGCGGCUUGCGCCCCUUCUAUAUCUCCAACCAAUAUUUUGACAUUAAAAAAAAUAAAUCUAACAUUAGGGUAAAAUGAGCCAAAAAUCGAAAACGGAAGGGGAACCUACCUCCUUGGUUUUCGUCAGAACAUGUCCUGACGAAAAACAGAACAUGCGAAAACUGAGUGUUUUCAAGAAUCAAGAAAAUCAAGAAAAUGAAGAGGCAAAAGCCAUCCGGGUCGCAAUUUAAGAAGAAGAGAAAGGAAGAAGAAGAGAAACGUGCAAAGGAGAAAGGUUCACUUUUAAAAUACAUGACACCACCAACUGCUGCCUCAAUUGACGAGGAACAGCCAAGCACCUCAACUGCGCCACCGUCCUCAAACCUACAACCACUCGAAGGAACAUCAGAACAGCAAGCUGCUCAUCCUGAAGAGAUGACCACCGAUUCCACACUGACCACUGUGUUUGCUUGUUCAGGUAUAGGCCCAGAACCACUGCAAGGAACUUCAGACCAGCGUGUUGUUUCUCAUCUUGAUUGCACCACUGAUUCCACAGAUUCCACCCAUACACCCUUCUCAGAUGCAGCAAAGACAGACAAGCCAUUACCAACCGAUCCUGCUGACUGGCCUGCACAUCUCACGAUAAAUAAAGACACAAUAAAAACAGAGUUUGUUCGGAGAGGACCGAAUCAGCUAACACCUGAUUUUAUUUUUCCAAGGAGAGAUGAUGGGAGAAGUUGCCACCACCAGUACUUCAGCAGGACCUUAAUCAACGGAGAAAGGAUUAAAAGAAGUUGGUUGACUUAUUCAAAAACGAAAAACAGCCUUUUUUGUUUUUGUUGUCAGCUUUUCUCCCCAAAACACAUUCUUUUAACACUUGGAGGACUGUCUGAUUGGAAGAAUGCAAGUGCUGCUCUAAACAGUCACGAUAAUAGUCAGGAACACCUGAACAAUUUGGCGUCAUGGAAAGAAUUGGCAGUUAGAUUAAAACAAGGUACAACCAUUGACAAAAAAGAGCAGGCCCUCUUAGAGGCAGAGCAGAGUCGGUGGAGAGCAGUACUGACAAGACUGGUUGCAAUUGUACAGUCGCUCGCUUUGCGAAAUAUGUCAUUUAGAGGACACUCAGAUAAACUCCACUCUCCUUCAAAUGGUAACUUUCUGAAAGAGGUUGAGCUUAUGGCACUGUUUGACCCAGUGAUGAAAGACCACAUCCACAAGGUUAAAUGUGAAACAUCACACCACAGAUACUUGGGCAAAACCAUCCAGAACGAGUUGAUCCAGUGCAUCAGUGGAAAAAUGCUCUCAACAAUGGUGGAGGAAAUAAAGAAGUGCAAAUACUUUAGCCUCAUUUUAGAUUGCACCCCGGACGUCAGCCACAUUGAACAGCUGUCAGUAGUAAUAAGAAUUGUGACAGUGGAAGAAGACCCCCGGGUUAAAGAGCACUUUCUGGGAUUCCUAGUGGCAGAGGACUCCACGGGAGAAAGUUUGUCUGCCCUGAUUUUGAAGAGGCUGGAGGAGUUGGAUAUUGCCUUUGAUGACUGCAGAGGACAGUCCUAUGACAAUGGGGCUAAUAUGAAAGGAAAGAACAAGGGAGUACAGGCCAGGCUACUUCAGUUAAACCCAAGAGCUUUGUUCGUGCCUUGUGGGGCACAUACACUUAACUUGGUAAUUUCUGAUGCUGCCAAAAGCUCCAAAGAUGCAAUAUCAUUUUUUGGUAUUGUGCAGAAGCUAUACUGUCUGUUUUCUGCCUCUACACAGAGAUGGGCCAUCCUCAAACAGAAAGUGAACCUCUCGCUCAAAAUGUGGUCAGAAACCAGAUGGGAGAGCAGAGUGAAAGCUGUGGAACCUCUGCGAUACGAAGCCGCAGCUGUGAGAGAGGCACUGCUUGAGGUGAGAAACCAGGCCAAAGACCCAAUGAUCAGGAUUGAAGCCCAGUCUCUGGCAGAAGAAGUGGGGUCAUUCCGCUUUUCACUGUGCACAGUGGUCUGGUAUGAUGUGCUAAAUAAAAUUCAGCACGUGAGUAAGCUCUUGCAGUCCCAGACUAUGCAAGUGGAUGUGGCCGUAAGUCUUCUAAAAAAUACACAACAAGCUCUGGAGUCCUACAGAGCCACAGGCUUUGUGGCUUCACAAACAUCAGCCAAGGCCAUGUGUGAGGAGAUGAAUGUGGAUGCUGUCCUUGUACAGAAGAGGCUGAAGUCUACAAAGAGGCACUUUUCCUAUGAGUCUUCUGAUGAGCCAUUAAAGGAUGCCUUACAAAAUCUCGAGGUUACCUUUUUUAACGUGGUGGUGGAUGUGGCAGUGUCAGCACACAAGGAGAGGUUUACCACUCUUAAAGAAGUGGAAGGCAAGUUUGGCAUUCUGUCAACCUUCCCAGACCUGCCACACCAAGAGCUCAUGAAGCAAGCAGAGGCACUUGCACACACCUUAAGCCAUGGAGGGAAGUCUGAUUUGGAUGGGAAGGAGCUGGCCCAGGAGUUGGAAAGUUUACCUGACUUGCCUUCAAAGAACAUGUCGACUCUUGAGUUGUUCAAGUUCAUCCAAACAAAGCAGCUCACAGAGAUAUACCCAAACCUUUGUAUAGCUCUGCGGAUCAGUGCAACCCUUCCUGUCACAGUAGCUUCAGCAGAAAGGAGUUUUUCGAAAUUAAAACUUUUGAAGACCUACCUGAGGUCAACGAUGGCUCAAGAACGCCUCAGUGGUCUGGCUGUGAUCAGCAUUAAUCAUGAAGUUGGUGGUCAGAUUCAGUACAAUGAUGUUAUUGAUGACUUUGCAGCGAGGAAGGCCAGAAGGACUGCACUGUAACCUUUGAAGUGUGGAGUAAAAUGUAUAUAGUUCUUUAGACAACGUUCAUUUGCACUUUUUCUAUUUGUCAAUUUAUUUGUUUAUUUUUAAUAUUCUGAUUAUUUAACACUCUAUAUAUUCGAUUUACAUAUAUUAUUAUAUUGUUUGUUGUUGUUAUUAUUAUUAUUGUUUGUUAACUAAGUUGUUCAUUUGUUUUGUGUGCACUUUUCACUUUUGUUCUUGCAAUAAAUAAAGGUGCAGUACUUUACUGUAGAACUGUUAAGAAAAGGGUCAAUGAUUUUCUGUUUCAAAAAAAAAAAAUCUGUUUCCGUUUGGUGAAUUUCGUUUUAUUCCAUUUCGGCUAAUUUUGUUCAUGUAGAUUGAUGGGCUUAAAAUAAGUGAAUAAUAUGUGCCACAAGUGACUUAGACCUUCUAAGAUUGUUGUUUGCCAGCCAUCAGCAGGCGAUUGGGAAGAUGACGUGCAGGUAUGUGCAGUGUUGUACAGUCUGCUACUGUC